GUUAUAACUAUAACCUACGUGCUUCCAAAACUUCCUAAGUUUGUGACUGUUGUCUGCUGCAGUAGUUCGAGUGAGGUGAGGUUAAAAGUCCAUCAUCGCUAGUCUUGACUUUGUGAUUGUGACAUUCGACAAAUUCGUCAUUCGUGUCUUUAAAAACUAGAUUUUUAUUAUUAUACUCUUCGGUGUACAUGAUUAUAACAUUAUAAUUAUAAAUUAUAUUUAUAUGAAUAAAACAAAAUUUUCUCUUUACUUUCUAAACUUUCUUUAACUAUUUACUUUUUACUACUUGUUUUGCUUAAGUAAAAUUGACUUGAUUAAGUUUAAUUAUUAAUUAAGUAGUCACUAAAAGUAAACAUGGUCUAUGUUAGAGUUAGACUUCUAACACUAACAGUUAUAGUUAUAUCAUUAUAUCUAAGUUAGAGUCUUAAAGAGGCCAGAGAUUUCUUUAACUAAUAGUAGUUCUAGUUACUAGACAGAAGUCAGAGGUAGACGUUUUCAUAGAACUAACUUAAAUACUUAAACUAAGCAGUUCAACAGUUCAGUGGGGUAGCAUAGUUAACUUGUUAGUCAAUGUUACCAGUACCAGUUGUUUCCUUUAAUUGUAAUUUAAUUCAUCUUGAUAAAUAGAUAAUUUUUAUAAUGAUCACUCAGCUAUUCACUCACUCAAUUUAGUUAGCAAAUGCUUCUUUUAAUAUUUUAUUUUUUAGUUUAGUUGAAUUAAUUAGUUUUAUUUAAGUCAGCUAAAAUGUAAAAAAAACAAAAAACUGAUUAGACAACAGAUAAGAUUUUAUAUUUUUAGUAUUUUUAGACAUGAUUUUAUAUCUGGUUGUUCCCUGUUUAUGCAAGAAGAAAAAAAUUGCACAUGUUCCAAAUGGUGUCAGUGAUUGGAAUCUUUUUUUAACCACUGACACUCAAUUAAGUUUUAGUCAAAUUGAUAUUUAAACCACAUGGGCAUGGGUCCAUUCAAAUUGACCGUUGGUAAGUGUAGGAUCUAAAAAUAACAUUAGGGGUACAUUGUUUGACAUGAUGCUUGGUGGUAUCUACAUACAUAUUAAAGGUAUUGCUAUUGUCAUGGGAAUCAUUCAUAAACAAGAUUAACACCUGAUCGGCAUCAUAUAAUUUACAAUGCUAUAUAGUUUCGUAAAACUUAUUUGAUCUAUUUAUUUGCAGCAUUUUUUGCACUUUGUGAGGGAUCUGUUUGUUUAGAAAAAGGAAAUUAUUUAAAGUUAAAGCUUAAAUAAUUUUUUUAACUAUUAUUAUUAUGAUGAAACUUUUUAUUCUUAACACACACACACAAAUUCAUUGGGAAUAAAUUAUUUUUUUCAGGAUAAUAAAUUAUGAGCCAUUCAUUUUGCCACCAGAGACUAUUGCAAUUCUUUAAAGUUUUUAGAAAAGUAGGUGAACAAUUUUUAAUUUUAAAUGUAGGAUUUGCUCUUAAAAAGCCCCAAGCUAGUCAUUACUCUUUAAGGAUUAGCAUAUUAACGAUAAGUCAUAUUCUCUUCUCGUUGGUGUUAGUUUCCUUGUUUGAUAACUGCAUAUUAAGUACAUAUAAAAUACUCCAAUAAAAUAUUUUACAUUUUAAGGUGGGUUUUUGUGUUCAUCAGGUUGGCCAUCAAGUAGCCCUACGAUCAUCCGGAGUCAAUGCUAACAAUAAUGCAAAUGGAUUCACUUUUCUACAAUCAACAUUUUCAGACAUUAAUGCUAACUUGCAAACAUCAGAGGUGUUAAACCAUAGUUAAAACCUAGAAAAAAUAAAAUGUUAAUUUUGUUAACUCCAUUUAUCAAUCUUAUUAAAUAACUUAAGUUUAAUUUUUCACAUUAAUUUUGCAAAAUAUCCGUAGACUCAAAAUUGCAAUAUUUCAAAAUUCUGAAUUGUCAUGUUUUUUUUUAAAUAGGAUAAAUGUUGUAUGUUUAUAAAGUAUUACAACAACAUUUCUCGAGAUGAAAGAGCAGCUUUUUUACGUGACCUUGCAAAAAAUUAUGGCAUUCAUCCAGAAAAUGUAGUCACUGUUGCAAAGACAGCAGUGGCUGUAAAGGUAUGUUGUUUGCAUAAAUAUACAACUUAAAAUUCUUUGAAAAAACAGCAAGGUAAGGAAAUACUCCUAACUUGUUUCCUUUUACAAAUUAUGUAAAUGUUAUAAUUACCUUAAUAAAAUUUUGAUUUUUUUAUUCUACAAUUAGUUUUUAAAAAUUGAAAAAAUCUUUGACAUUUAUGACUAACAAGUAUGCCGGCAAUUGCUUACUUUAGGACAAAGGAGAUGUUAGCCUGUUAGCUUCAUCAGAGAAACUGCGGUCAAGUCUAAAACCAAAAUUCAAAACAUUAUUUACACAUAUUGGAAGGGUAGAUGGAGGAGUGAAAUUUUUGGUAGACUGUCGAGCUGAUGUCCUGGUAAAUGCAAUUUUUAAUAAUUAUAUCAUGCACUAAUAUGUUUGUUUGCACUAAUUAUUUUACAAAAACAAAAUAAGUUUAUAAAAAUGUAGCUACUACACGUACACCCCUUAAUAUUGUUUUUAGGAUAAUAUGGUAGAGACAGGGCUCAAGCUUUGUGGAUGAAAUAUUAAGAACAGGAUUUGUAGAAAUUUGAAUAACAACAUGAGAAAAUCAAAUCAACAAUUUGGCUGAAUGCUUUCCUCUUCAGGCACAACAAACACACAAAAAAACCAAGAUAGAAUUAGACAAAAAGGAAACAUAAUAAAUUUUAGAAAGAUCUAAACAGCAAGUUUUAUAUUGUUUUAUUGAUACAAAUUGUUCAUGUCUAAUUAACCUAUUUAAAUCUAUCAUGGAGACAUUACCAAGGAACAGUAUAAUACAGUUACAGUCUAAUGAUUUUAGUGAAAAUUUUAAUAGAAAAUGCCAAAGUUUCAAAAUGUAAAUACGAAAUCUAUAUAUAAAAGGGGAAAAUUAAAGUACUUGAGUGACAACAUGCAGCAAUGUGGUACAUAUAAUUUGAAUUACUUAAAUUCCACUCUUUAUUCUUGCUGUCAUAUUGGGUAUGAAAUCAAGGCUGUGAUGAAUACAUUCAAUGUGUCUUAUGUUGCCUUCGUUAAAGUGGUAUGAAGUGGGACAUUUUUUUUCUUCAAAAUUUUGAAGAUGCUCACUAAAUCUUACCUGACAGUCUUCUUCCUGUCUCACCUAUAAUAUAGCAAUAUUAUAACAAGAGUAACACUUUCGGCAACAAUCACAUAGAUGACACUGCUUCUAAUACAUGUGAACCAUUAAUUGAUGGUAAAGGAGCUCUAAGAAGAAGUUAAUUUGUUUAGUUUCAAGUACAUGUGGGCAAGUCCUGCAACUGCCUUGUUAACACUGGUUAUAGUUGGUUAACCCCUUUGUGCAUCAUCAAACAUUGUAGCCUAUGUAAACACUGUUGGUUAACCCUUUUGUGCAUCAUCAAACAUUGUAGCCUAUGUAAACACUGUUGGUUAACCCCUUUGUGCAUCAUCAAACAAUAUCGCCUAUACUAUGUUAACACUGUUGGUUAACCCCUUUGUGCAUCAUCAAACAUUGUAGCCUAUGUAAACACUGUUUUAUAGCACACUUCUCAAAAUCGAGAAGUUGACCAUUGAGUCUAUCUUGAUCAGAAAUAAGAUAUUAUCUGAUGUAUCAGUUAAAUAUAAUUCAUAUUUAAAUUGUAUUUACUUAAUAAAAUAAAAAUCAUAUUUAAAGUUAAAGAACCUAAACAUUCAAGUUAUGUGUACAGUUAUUAUACAGUUCAAUUUAAGACAAGUUUAAACAAAACUUAUUUUUAGACAAACCCCCCCCCCUCCCCCAUUUCCCAUCUUUUUGCCUACCCCCUUUUCCAGAUAAAUUCUAGGUGAUCACUCAUUAAGAAAUAAGAUAAUUUUAUUAGAAUGUGUAAAACAUGAACAAAUUGACAAGCUUGGGGGGGGGGGUGUGUGUUACAGAAAAUCUGAAUAGAUGUAUAAAAUGUCAUAGUGACAAAUGCCUUUUUAAGAAAUAAGAUAAUUUUAUUAGAAUGUGUAAAACAUGAACAAAUUGACAAGCUUGGGGGGGGGGGGGUGUGUGUUACAGAAAAUCUGAAUAGAUGUAUAAAAUGUCAUAGUGACAAAUGCCUUAUCAGUAAUAGUAUAGCACGGCCUAUCAACUAUAGUGAAUGAAAGUGGAAACACAAAAAAUUGACAAGAGCAUAGAAAUGAAAAACACAUUAUCAUAGACAACACAGUAUCAUAUGUAGUUUUAUAGAAGACACAUUAUCAAAUGUCAAUAUAUAUAGACAUAUCAAUUUGUUUUUAGGUUGAAGGUCAUGAGUAGAUGUCCUAAAUCCCCAACUUGUUACUUGUCAUUAUAAUCAAGCCCCAGAAUCACUUUAUUAACAGUCUAAAUAUUUACUAUUCAAUGUUUAGUAAUUAGUUUGUUUUAAGAGUAUUGUCUCCCUUGUUGUGUUCACUAAUUCCUUCAUCUGUGUUCAUGUACCCAUAUCAGCGCAAAACAUAAUCCAAUUUUUAAAAUAUGUUUUAAGAGUAUUAAGCAAAGUUGCACAAGUGAGAUGGACGGGGCACUGUUUCAAGAACUCAAUAUUGCCUUAAUGGAUCUACUGCGUCUCUGGUUCACAGUUGGCUUACUAAAUUUGGAAAGAAUUACAUGGAAUUCUUCUUGUGAUCUGGUUCAAAAGGUAGGUUAAAAAAUGUAUGAAGUAUGUUUCAUUUAGAAUAGAUGUUGCAUAAUGUAACACAAAGAUUGACAAGGAUUAAAUUACAGAAGACCAUUAUUAUUUUAAAUUACUUGUAAAAGUAGUUAACCUUAUCCGUGAAUUUUCAAAAGAUAAUAUUCUAUUGUAUUAUAGUAAUUUUAGUUGAGGCUUAUUUUCUGAAGCCAUUGGCCAUCAUUUUUUGUCUUUUAACAAACGCUUAUCAAUACUGUUGUAUUAAAAAAAAUUUGUUUGUGUCAUGGAUCAUUUCUAAUGAAACUGAUGUGGAUUGUUUGUAAUGUUUAUAUAAUUAUCUUUAAAAAAAACAAAACAACUGAACUUGUCAGUCAAAUUAGUUUUAUCAAGGACAUAAAGAAAAAAUAGUGAAACAGGUGUUUGUUUAGUCUCGGAUGGGUUUGCUCAGAUGAUGGUGAAUCUGCCUUUUUUAGUCUCUGAUAGGUGUGCUCUGAUGAGUGUGCUCUGAUGGCGAAUCAACCUUUUUUAGUCUCUGAUGGGUGUGCUCUGAUUAGUGUGCUCUGAUGGGGAAUCUACCUUUUUUAGUCUCUGAUGGGUUUGCUCAGAUGAGUGUGCUCUGAUGGUGAAUCUGCCUUUUAUAAGUCUCUGAUGGGUCUGCUCUGGUAGUGAAUCUGCCUUUUUUAGUCUCUGAUGGGUGUGUUGUGAUGGUGAAUCUGCCUUUUUUAGUCUCUGAUAGGUGUGCUUUGAUGAGUGUGCUUUGAUGAGUGUGCUCUGAUGGUGUUCCACCUUUUUAAGUCUCUGAUGGGUCUGCUUUGAUGAGUGUGCUCUGAUGGUGAUUCCACCUUUUUAAGUCUCUGAUGGGUCUGCUUUGAUGAGUGUGCUCUGAUGGUGAUUCCACCUUUUUUAGUCUCUAAUGGGUGUGCUUUGAUGAGUGUGCUCUGAUGAGUGUGCUCUGAUGGUGAUUCCACCUUUUUUAGUCUCUGAUGGGUGUGCUUUGAUGAGUGUGCUUUGAUGAGUGUGCUCUGAUGAGUGUGCUCUGAUGGUGAUUCCACCUUUUUUAGUCUCUGAUGGGUGUGCUUUGAUGAGUGUGCUCUGAUGAGUGUGCUCUGAUGGUGAUUCCACCUUUUUGUGUGCUUUGAUGAGUGUGCUCUGAUGAGUGUGCUCUGAUGGUGAUUCCACCUUUUUUAGUCUCUGAUGGGUGUGCUUUGAUGAGUGUGCUCUGAUGAGUGUGCUCUGAUGGUGAUUCCACCUUUUUAAGUCUGAUGGGUCUGCUUUGAUAGUGAAUCUGCUUUUUUUAGUUAGUCUCUGAUGGGUGUGCUCUGAUGGUGAAUCUACCUUUUUUAGUCUCUGAUUUGGUCUGCUCUGAUAGUGAAUCUACCUUUUUUUAGUCUCUGAUGGGUGUGCUCUGAUGAGUGUGCUCUUCUGGUGAAUCUACCUUUUUUAGUCUCUGAUGGAUGUGCUCUGUUUGUGAAUCUGCCUUCCCAGGUUGCGCAAUCUAAAGUGUUUUCUUUGAGCAAAUAUCCCUGGGUUUGAGGGAUACAUAUAGGCAAUCUUUGAAAUCUUUUUUUCUGAGCUCAAAAUAAUCACUUCCCUUUUGAUAGUUGUUAUAGCUGUUAAGGCACCCUGGUAACAUGUUCAGCCCAAUUUGGCUUGUCCUUUAAAAAAGAGUGUGUGGAUUCUUAAGAAACAUCUAGCUAUAAAACUUCUUUAUCAAGAUCUUUUUCCUUCCACCAUAUGCCAAGAAGCUUGUGUAUGUGUCUUAGGGUUGAAAUCAUCAUUUAUUGUUGCUUACCCCUAGAAAGUACUUAUAAAUAUGUGAACUUUUCCUCUGUUUGGAGAUGAUGUCCAUUCACUGCAAUGUGAAAUUCUUGUAAGAGAUUCCUGGAGCUGGCUGGUGCAGGAAUAUUGAAGAUUUACUGGAACAUUGAACUUAAUCACUCACUGAAAUGUUGAACUACUGACUAUCCUGAGAAUAUUUACUUAAUGAUUCACUGAACUGAAUGGACUUAACAAUAUCUUUUAGGCCACUAUUUCCCUUUAUUGGCUGGAGUGUCAUCAUGGAAAAUUCUUCUGUCCUUUUUUUUUUUUAACAAUUAACCAUAGAACUUGUGCACCAAUUAACCACAUGAGAACUUACAUUGAAACAUAUUUCUCUACUAUGCCAUUAAUUUUGAUCAAUCUUCUUGGAUGUUUUUCACCUAUAAUAUAUAUUAUUAUCCAUAGAUUUUAUACAAAUGAUUUUCUACUUUAUAAGCAAACAAAUGUUUUGAAUGUUUAUGGAAGAGAUAAUGUGCUCUUCUGUUGUUUAAAAAAAAAAGAUUUCUAGCUAUGAAGCAGUACACAGAAUAAAAACAUGGGAAGACAUAAAGAGAAGAGUAGGUCCCUAUAGACGAUGUUACAUAUUUACUCACAACAGCAUGCCAGGAGAGCCUGUUGUUGUCCUACACACAGCGCUUACUACUGAUAUCUCAUCUAAUAUUCAAGUGAGUUCAUGUUAAUUAAUGAAACAAGUAUGUCCUUAAAUUAAAAAAUGUCCAUGUCCCUUUGUUAAAAGCAAACAUGCAGAGGCAGCAUACUUAAUGCUCUGCUGUUGUGAUGCUAUUUUUAGAUUUGCCAAUGAGUUAUAUGAUGAUAUUAAAGUGGUAUGAACAAAGAAACCCAGUGAAUGUUGAAAAAUUAAAAAUUUGUUAAAUGGGUUUUACACGGAAAGCAAGCAUUCAUAUGAAAAUAUCUUAGUCCUGAUAGUGCAGUUUGAACUUUUAUAAACUGGUAUCAAGUUUUACAUCUCACCUCAAGCAAUAUGUAUCACUGAAUGAAUUUAUCACUGUGUGCAGGUGUGAUCGAGAGCACUGAGCAUUUAGAUAUUAUAUAGUUAAUUCUUUACUGAAAUCCAUCUGGCAGAGAGCUUGUGGCAAAUGGAAUCUUAAGAGACAACAAAAUGUUAUCACUACUCACUGGUGGUUUCAGUAACAAAUAUAGUGGACCUUUUUAGUAUGAGAUGUCAUUGUUUGUACAAGUACAAAUUGAUUGAGUGCUAGAAUAGAUCAUGCUUACACUAGAGUUUUAUCUAAAGUGGCUAACCAGGAUGCAACUGUUUUGUUUAGAAGUUUCAAGAUGUAAAGUAAAAUAUUUUAAUUAUAGGGGUUUUACUCUCAUAUUUGAAUAGGGAAACGGUUCUAUGUAAAAAUCCAGAACUUCUCAUCAAUAAAAUAUUUGUAUACCUAUUGAUCACAGACCAUUAUACCAAAUGCAAGAGCUAGGCCAACAGUUUCCCUUGAAAAAAGCCUGGCAGAUGCAUACGCUCUAGAAGAAGAGAUUUCCCCAUCGGCCUCUGGCACAGCUGAAAAGACCAAUGACAAUUUAGCCUCACAACACUAUCUUGAGAAAGAAGAACAAGCAAAUAUAAAAUGGGCAAUAUUUUAUUCAAUAACUUCAACACAGAAAGGUAAUAAGACAGAAAGGUAAUAACACUGAAAGGUAAUACAACAGAAAAAAUAUUAAUAAACAAAACAAAAUAUUCUAUAAAUACUUAUGGGCUAAAGUUUGUUCACUUUUCUUAUCAAAUAUUCAUAACAUUCAGAUCAGUUGUUCAAACUUUUUUUAAAUUUAUAGACACUGAGAAGACACAGAAAAGCUACAGUUUGAUCAUGCUGGUAGAAUGCUUUUAGCAAAAUGAACGUAGGUCUCUAGGAAUAGGAAUAUCUAUAGUAAUAGUUGUUCAUCCGUCAAGAUCAGUUAGGACCAUCUAAGUAUCCAUCCUGUUAAAGGGGGUGGGGGGAUCACUGUGAGUUCAUAGUUGGCUUGCUAGUCCAAUCCAGGCUCGGAAUAGUCUCUGGCACCACAGGAUAUCUAACACAAGGUAUCAUGCCAGGGACAUCAUUUAUUCUGAUAUAUUUUUGAACAUGCUAGGGCCGGCCUUAGGUGUAGGGUGUGUGUGUGUGUGGUGUGUGUGUGUUGGAAUGUGUUCUACUUAUCACAGAAUGUAGGAAUUUAUGGGGUGUACCUGUCAAUGUGGGCCUUAAUGGAGAUGCACCUGUGACUGGGGGCCUUUAUGUUGAUGUACCUUUGAAUGUGGGUCUUUAUGUUGACCUACCAGUGAAUGUGAGCCUUUAUGGUGAUGUGCCUGUGAUUGUGGGUCUUUAUGGUGAUAUACCUGUGAAUGUGGGUAUUUCUGGUGAUUUACCUGUGAAUGUGGGUAUUUAAUGGUGAUUUAUCUGUGAAUGUGGGUCUUUAUGGUGAUUUACCUGUGAAUGUAAGUCUUUAUGGUGAUGGACCUGUGAAUGUGGGUCUUUAUGGCGAUUUACCUGUGAAUGUGGGUAUUUAAUGGUGAUUUAUCUGUGAAUGUGGGUAUUUAUGGUGAUUUACCUGUGAAUGUGGGUAUUUAAUGGUGAUUUAUCUGUGAAUGUGGGUCUUUAUGGUGAUUUACCUGUGAAUGUGGGUAUUUAAUGGUGAUUUAUCUGUGAAUGUGGGUAUUUAUGGUGAUUUACCUGUGAAUGUGGGUAUUUAAUGGUGAUUUAUCUGUGAAUGUGGGUAUUUAAUGGUGAUUUAUCUGUGAAUGUGGGUAUUUAUGGUGAUUUACCUGUGAAUGUGGGUCUUUAUGGUGAUGGACCUGUGAAUGUGGGUAUUUAAUGGUGAUUUACCUGUGAAUGUGGGUCUUUAUGGUGAUGGACCUGUGAAUGUGGGUAUUUAAUGGUGAUUUAUCUGUGAAUGUGGGUAUUUAUGGUGAUUUACCUGUGAAUGUGGGUCUUUAUGGUGAUGGACCUGUGAAUGUGGGUAUUUAAUGGUGAUUUACCUGUGAAUGUAAGUCUUUAUGGUGAUGGACCUGUGAAUGUGAGCUUUUAUUUUUAUGGGGCUUUGCCUGUGAAUGUUGGCUGUCAUGUUGAUUGACCCAGCUAUCCUCAACUUUCCUAUUCACACUUCAUGUAGUUUUUUUUUUUUAAUUAGUCAUCACUUUUAAAAUAGAUGUAGGCAUUCAUUUAGAUCCAUGUGUGUUGAUUGGUUGACUUUUCAAAUGACGUCAGUAAUUUUCUUGUAUUGGGCUGGUCCUUUGUGCUUAAAAAGAAACAUAAUUUUCUUCAUUGUGGCUGUUAUUUUUCAUAAUAACUGGCCUAAGAAAGUGUAAAAUUGUUGACCGAAACUAAAGAACUCCAUAGUAAAGACGAGUUACAAGAAGCUUUCUAGAAAAAUGUAUUUUACAACUCUUUGAAUGAAAGCAAAUCAAUCUAAUGCGACUAUUCUUUAUUCACAUGCCUUAUUGCUUACUUUUCAUAAACUAAUUCCAAUCAUGAUAUUUCGUUUGAUAGGUUUACAAGGAAUUGAUUUGGGUAAUUACCUUAUCAAAUCAGUUGUGCGGCGGUUGCAAGAAGAGUUCCCUCAUCUUCAAAACUUCUUCAGCCUUUCACCAAUACCAGGAUUCAGGGAUUGGAUAGUUUCUACUCUUAACCACAGGAUUAACCAACACGGUAAGCGUUGAUCAAAUGACUAUUCAACUUUAACAAACAAAUACCCCUUGUUUAAAGUUGUUUUGUAAUUACUCAUAUUUUAUCCUCUAGUGCUGGGUGGCAGAGGGACCUACACUGACUCAAUCCAAAUAGUUGGUGGUCUGGAGUUCAACACCCACCAAGCAAAAGAAACAUUCCAAGCACUCGGAGUGGAUGGGACUCUUUAGCCUUGGCAACUCAUCUAAGAGAAGGCAAACUCUGAAUUGAAACCAGGAGCCAGAAUGAUCAAUAAAUUGAUAAUUGCCCUUAAAUAUAUAUUUUUGUAAAACGCAACUUGUAUUGCCUGAAUCUAAAAAGUAAUAAAUAAGCCUCAGUUAAGGACGCCACAUCAAAGCAUGUAAUUUUUUUUACAUAUCUGCAAAUCUAAAAAAAAUGCUCCUUUAUCAAAUUGUUUAAGUAGAUUUUUUAGUGUACAUCAUGAUUAAAAUACAUUUUGCAGUUUGAAGUAUAUUUAUGAUUCACUAUUGAACUUGACCGGCACAGAGUGGAACUUAACAGAUAUACAAUAAGUCUUUGAAAUAUCUGUCAAUGUUGAAUUUUCAUUGCAUGUGCCUUAAGAACUAAUCAUUAUGAGAAAUUAAUAUAAUUUUCCUUUACAGUGAUUUCAUUGUAAAUUUAUAUCAUAUCAGUACUUAAAGUUUUAAAAAUUUCAUUUCCAUAGAAAAAGUAAAUUUUAUUCUCUAGGAUUUUCCACAAUCUAUAAAUGUUGUUUAAAGAAUUUAUGUUGUUUUAAAUAUCACCAAUGACUUGACGGCAAUUCCUCACCAUGAAAUAAUAAAUUAUGCUUAAAAAAAAUCAGAAAUGAUGUCCUAAGCAUAUCUGAAACAUUAUUAACAUUUUGAUUUGUUUCAAUCUUAGAUUUACGAGAAGAUCCUGGUUUUCCUAUUUCACUACAAGAUUUGGAAGCCCUUGUGCCAUAUCAAAAUGCAGAUCACAAUUCACUGCUGGACACUUUCAAAGAUCAAAUUUUAUCACACACAUGGUACAGAGAUCAAACUCUUCAGCGGGUUAGUCAAAACAUUAAAUACUAACGUAUAUAUUUGUUUUUGUUCUGGUUUUUACAGAUACUAUCCUUUUUUUUAGUAUAUUUAUAUUUUUUAAUUGCACCAUGUUUUUGUACAUGGGCUUAGUACAUACUGGAAUUUAGAUUUGAACCCUAGACUGUCAAAGUAAUUUUUUGUACUUUACUUACAGUGCCACAAAGUAACCCCAAAUAUCUAUAAAACUAGGCAAAGACAGUUCAGUGCUUUAGCAGUUACAACCUAUUUUGACCAUUAGCUCCAAACACUUCAUCCAUUUUAGAAAGAAAAUUAAAGACAUUAAGUUUUGAACAGUAUUUAGAGUGAAUAAUUCCUGAUGCUUGGUACCUUGAACUUGAAAAAGAAGAUACAAUUAAUAAACAAAAAUAAGUUACAAUAUACAAAAAAAUAAUGCAAUUUUUGUUUUAAAUUAUUUUUUUAUGAGUCAGAGCUAAUCAGUGUAAUGUGUGCAUGGACAGAACAUAAUUUUAUAAAGUUAAGGAAGGAAAAAAAUGCAUAUUAAAUUCUGUGUGGCCUUGUAAAAUACAAUUUUGAUCAUAUAUUAAAAUUAUACUGGUAUUACUAUUUAAGCAUGUAGCUAUGUUAGGAGAAUUAUAAAUAUCACACAGAUUAAGACAUUUAUAAAUAUUUAAUUUUUGAAAAAUUUUGACUCUGUAUUGUAAAUUAUCUUUGUUAUUUGAGUAUAUUACUUUAAGGUAAACUUUUAUUCUUAAUUAAUAACUUAUUAUUAUCUUUUUUCUAAGUGUUCAACAAAAUUCAAAUCAUUAAUUAACCUGGAUUGUAUUUAGAAGGCAUUUUAAAGCUUUGUGCAUUACCCUUUACAUUUAUAAUGAUUUAUAAAUAUAGGCUUUAAUGUAUUAAAUUAUUUUAUAAAAUAAAUUUAAUUUCCUAAUGAUCUGGUGAUCUAAUGUUACAAAAUGUUAGCAACAGUGAGUUUUUGUAUGGACAUUAUUGAUUGCCAUGUUGUAUUUUCAUUUCUAUUGUUGGCUGAUGAAGGCUUUAUGCCGAAACGUCCUUGUUUUUUGUCCUGUUACCUUAUUUCAAGCUUCCACAUACCUCGUUUCACCAUUUCAUUCUUUUACAUAGCUUGAAAGCAGUCCCUUCAUUUAUUUAUUCUUGCCAUGAUUAACUCAUUUACUAAUUUUCAAGUUUUAUAUAAAAGAAAAUUAAAAGUAAUUUAUAAACACAAUUUAAAAAUAAACAGCCAAUUUCUUAUUGAUAAAAUUAAACUGUACAAUGUAUAUGGUUUCCUUGGUAAACAUUUUUGUUGCUGUUUAUUCCUUUUUUAAAACAAUUGAUGAAGAUGUACAAAUAUAUAAAUGGAUAUAGUGCAUGAUCAAAUACAGGAGUAUCUUAACUAAUUCCUGCUCUGUUGUAUAUUAAUUAUUUAAGUUUUUUUUAAAACUAAACAUUUCUAAUAAAAUUUGUUAAAUAUGUUUUUUUUAUUACAGAUUAUGAGUCCAUUAAUGAGAUUAUGUGCGAAUUAUUUAUACAUUCAAAAAAGGAGAAAUUAUGCCUUAAAUCCAAUGGGUAAGUUGUUUGUUCUCCACAAGACACAUCUGUUUGUUCUUCAUAAGGCACAUCUUUUUGUUUUCCAUAAGACACAUCUAUUUUAGCCAAACUAGCAGGUUUACUUCAGCACAAUUUAAAUUGACGAAAUCAAUUAUGAAUUUUGUGAAAAUCAGGAUGAAAAAAAUGUCAACAAAUAUCAAAACCUUAAAUUGGCAGCAUUAAAAAAAAUAUUUUGACCAAAUAAACGCUUACACACUUUAGGAAAAACAAAUGGUAUAAAUGAAAUUUAUACUGGAGCUCAUAGUCAACCAGAAUCCAGGGAUCCGCUGAGAAACCAGAUUCAAUAUAGCAUGGUCUAUCUAAUAAUUAAACAUAAUUAAAUUUAUGUCUUCUCUGUAAGCCUGCCAGUGAUCAGCAAUAAGCCAAAGCCUAUCAGUAAUAGGCCAAAACCUGUCAGUAAUAUGCUAAAGCCUAUCAGUCAUAGGCAAAACCCUGUCAUUAAUAAGCCAAAGCCUUUCAGCAAUAGGCCAAAACUGAUAAGAUUCAGAUAGGUUCCUGAUACUUUACUUGUUAAAAAGAAAUGGUUAAAAUAUUAACAAACUUGAUUUGACUUUCCAGCCAAUUUCCACUUAAGCAAUGGAGCUGUUCUAAUAGGCCAAAACUGAUAAGAUUCAGAUAGGUUCCUGAUACUUUACUUGUUAAAAAGAAAUGGUUAAAAUAUUAACAAACUUGAUUUGACUUUCCAGCCAAUUUCCACUUAAGCAAUGGAGCUGUUCUAUGGAGAAUUAAUUUUCUAGGGGAUACAUCGAUCCGAGGUCUGAAUCAAUCUUGUGGAUUAAUGGUUAAUUACCGCUACUUUCUUGAUUCAACUGAGGCCAACAGUAGGAAUUACCUAGAAAAACAACAGAUUAGAGCAUCAGCCGGAGUGUUGAAGUUGUUGGAGAAAUAA